AUACAUUGGCUCCUUGGCUUGUUAAAAAUGACUUUUUAAAGGCCAGAAAUGACUAUUUAAAGGCCAAAAGGACUUCUAAAGCAGCUCGGCUGAACAUCCCCCAAAUACCUGGGAGCAGGCGAGGGUUUUCCAGGGAGACGCGUUGCUCCCGAGCCGCCGUGGAAGCGGCUGGGGCGGACGAGCUGCUUUCCUGCCGGCUGCUUCUGUUUGCUGUUGGAGGAGCAGACUGCAAACGGAGACAAGAAGAGGCGUUUUCUCAGCCAAGAAAAAACCCAAGGCGAUGGUGUUGCCUGAGGUUUUGGCCCCCCUGCCGCUGCCACCCCCCCACCUCGGUCCAGUCCUUCCCCUUGCUGGUGGCUUGCCACCGUCUCCAUCCCGGCCGUCCUCUCGCCCGGCUCCAUCCUGGCCUCCACGCAGGGCAGCGGCGGGCAGCAGAUCCUCCACGUCAUCCACACCAUCCCCUCCGUCAACCUGCCCAGCAAGAUGGGCAACCUCCAGACCAUCCCCGUGGUGGUCCAGUCCCUCCCCGUCGUCUACACCACCAUGCCCACCGACGGCGUCACCGCCAUCACCGUACCCCUCAUCGGGGGGGACGGCAAAAACGCCGGGUCCGUGAAAAUUGACCCGGGCUCCAUGUACCCCAUGGACAUGAACAGCGACAGCGAGGACAGCGCUUUCCAGGACCUCCAGAGAGGGCCGGCGGCGCGGGGGCAGCGAGCCGAUUCCCCCGACCUGAAGAAGCGGCGCAUCCACCAGUGCGACUUCGAGGGCUGCAAUAAGGUCUACACCAAAAGCUCCCACCUCAAAGCUCACCGGCGGAUACACACGGGUAGGGGCCAGCGCCGCACAGCCCCCUGCCUGGGAGUGUCAGGAUCAGUGCCGCCGGCUCCCGAUGGGCUUGGGGGCACCUGGAAUGGGCUUCACGGGGCGAUGCAAGUGUGA